CACUCCAAUCUGGCAACCCUGUAGGAGCAGUGAGGAGCUGCUGCAGCUCUUAAUGCUCAUCACUGUAGGCGGCUGCAGUGUGCUUUUGCCUGAUUUCAUCUUCAUUUCUCUUUCACGGCUUUGAGAAAGAAGAAGACAUCUAUACAUAUACUGUUUAUCCUCGGGAGAGGAGAGACAGAAAGUGCACCUUGCUGAGGACUGGAGACGAGUGAAUAAGAUUCAGGAGGAAGUUCAAGUCGAGUCUACGUUAUGGCUCAACGAAGAAGCACGCGCGAUGAUCGGAAGCGAAAGGCUGAUUAAUUAAUCCGAAGCCAAUAAUCCGCAUUAACCGCAGAGACAAACCCGUCCACAGGCUGCAGUUUGGGAAGGAAGUGUGUGUAUGUGUGUAUGAGAGAGAGAGAGAGAGAGAGAGAGAGAGAGAGAGACAUUAAAGCAUCAGCCAAGUCAGCAUGUUACGUGUUUAAGCUAUGGAUCGCGCGCGGGUCGUUAUCUCCGUCUCUGAUACACCGGGACCCUUCUAAUAAAUGCUGGAUUUGGGAUUUUUCCCCCCCCAUCGGAAUAAAGCCUGCUGAGAACGCACACUGUGGAUGUGGAAUUUAUCAGAGCUGCCCUGCGUUUGCACCAAGAAGGUGAUAGAUUUAUUCUUUUCAAUUUUUUUUUCCCGUCUUAAUUUUUUUCUGCAUUGCUUGCUAAAGGCUCCCCGGCUCGUGCGCUCACAUCUCACUAAAAAAAAAAAAAACCUGCAUGGAUUUCACAUUAACUUGAGGCUGAGGCUGCAGAGGAUCAUCCGUCCAUUCUGCUAUCCUUGACACACCACAUAUUUGAAACAGAAAAGCAAAAUGUGCUGCUUCAUUUGGGGAGAUGGAACCAGCAGACGAUAAAUUAUGAAUGUUGAACAAGAUGACCUCUUACCAUCAGCACCAGAUGAUGAGAGGUCCUAGAUGGAAAGGGGCUUGGUUCGACCCUUUAUUCCUCCUGCUCUUGGCUCUGCAGUUGCUUGCAGUGGCAGGAUUAGUGAGGGCCCAGACUUGCCCCUCUGUGUGUUCCUGCAGCAACCAAUUUAGCAAGGUCAUCUGCACACGCAGAGGACUCAGGGAAGUCCCUGAUGGCAUCUCCACCAACACACGCUACCUGAACCUUCAGGACAAUCUUAUACAGGUCAUCAAAGUAGACAGUUUCAAGCAUCUACGCCAUUUAGAGAUCCUCCAACUUAGCAAAAAUCAUAUCCGCAACAUUGAGAUUGGCGCCUUCAAUGGGCUAACCAGCCUUAACACCCUGGAGCUCUUUGACAAUCGCCUCACAACCAUCCCAAAUGGAGCUUUUGAGUAUCUUUCUAAGCUCAAAGAACUGUGGCUUAGGAAUAACCCAAUUGAGAGCAUACCAUCCUAUGCUUUUAACCGUUUACCCUCCUUAAGGAGGCUGGACUUGGGGGAGCUCAAGCGUCUCUCCUAUAUCUCAGAUGGAGCAUUUGAGGGCUUAAGCAACUUGCGCUACCUGAACAUGGGAAUGUGUAACCUCAAGGAGGUCCCCAACAUUAGGCCCUUAGUUCGCUUGGACGAGCUCGAGAUGUCAGGGAACCAGCUGACGGUGAUCCAGCCUGGUUCGUUCAAAGGUCUUAUCCACCUCCAGAAGCUGUGGAUGAUGCAUUCCCAGAUCCAAACAAUUGAAAGGAACUCUUUUGAUGACCUUCAGUCAUUAAGUGAGCUCAACCUGGCUCAUAAUAACCUCACAUUUGUGCCCCAUGACCUUUUCACUCCUUUGCGCCAUUUGCAGAGAGUUCACCUACACCAUAAUCCGUGGAAUUGCAACUGUGACAUCCUGUGGUUAAGCUGGUGGCUAAGGGAAACCGUACCAACUAACACCAGCUGCUGUGCUCGCUGUAACUCUCCUCCAAGCCUCAAGGGGCGCUACAUUGGUGAGCUGGACCAGAGCUACUUUCAGUGUUAUGCACCUGUCAUUGUUGAGCCUCCUGCAGACCUCAAUGUUACUGAGGGAAUAGCAGUGGAGCUUAAAUGUCGGACAAAUUCUCUGACCUCAGUCAGUUGGCUAACACCAAAUGGCUCCAUUAUGACACAUGGGGCAUCCCAGGCACGUGUCAUAGUGCAAAAUGAUGGAACACUGAAUUUCACCAGUGUUACAUUGCACGACACGGGGAACUACACCUGCAUGGUCAGCAACAUGCUGGGAAACAUUUCAGCUUCUGCAAUCCUCAACGUGACCUCCAUAGACAACAGUGGUUUCACGUACUUCACCACAGUCACUGUUGAGACCAUCGAGUCCCCAAUCGAUGGGCUGAGUAGGACCCCUGAGCAGCCUUCCUUUGGCUGGGUGGCAUCAUCUACUACAAGAGCAACGCCGAUUUCCACAGAGAAAGCCUACACCAUCCCUGUGACGGACAUUGAGGGAGCUCUCAAUGGUUUGGAGGAGGUAAUGAAGACCACCAAGAUCAUCAUCGGCUGCUUCGUGGCCAUCACACUCAUGGCUGCCGUCAUGCUCAUCAUAUUCUACAAGAUGAGAAAGCAGCACCACCAGCAAGAUCACAAUGGGCCGGCCCGCACAGUCGAGAUCAUCAGUGUCGAUGAUGGGGUUCCUGCGAUGGAGAGCCACCUCACUCUUCCUUCACUGGAGCAUGAGCACUACAACCACUACAACUCCUACAAGAGAGCUUACAACCAUGCUUCGACACUCGGCUCGCUGCACAGCUCUGUGCAUGAACCUUUACUAAUCCAAGCCAGCUCAAAAGAUAAUGUGCAAGAGACACAAAUUUGAAUUUCCUCGCUUUGAACAGGAAAAGUUGAUCUGUACUAACAAUGUUAUUGGCUUCGGUGGCAGACAUGUCCUGAUGAUGAAGAUGGGGAUGUCACUGAGGAUGUAUGUAUUAUUUCAACAAAUGUGUUUACAAGCAAAGAUUAUUUAUUUAAAGAUAUGUCUAGUGGCUGUAUCAAAAAAAAGUGUUCAUAUCAUUUUCCUCCUCCUAAUUUUCGUUUGAAUUUGGGAUUUAAUGGAUGAAUGGUCUGCGGAGAAACAAUGCACUUGCGAAUUCAAGGUAAAAUGAUGCUUUUGGCAGCCUCCUGCGAACAAACCACAAGGUAUUACAUUCAUAAUAAUGACAUAUUUGUUGUAUCUGUGGGCAUGCUGCAGCAUUUCACUUCAUCUUUUCACAUUUUAGUGAAAUGAGUGCAAAAGAUGGCCACUAAGGACUUAAGACUGUAAAUAAUGUAGUGUAAGUAGAUGUGAUAAACCUAUCUGGUGGAUGCAGAAAAUUCAGAGAAGAAAAUCAAUUGUUUCUAUUCCCCACAAUAUGGUCAUAUAUUGUGCAGCAGCAGAAAAGAAAAGCCUUCAAUACAAUGGUCUAGAUUACAUGGUGCAGAUGAUGGUCUCUGUUCAUUUCUGAGCUACUGAAUUCCCAGAGCAUACAACAUACGAGUGCAAUAAUUGGACAAGGGUAUAAAGAUGUGUAAUUAUGUGCAUUAAAUAUAGCCCUUUCAUAUGGGUUACAGGUACGGCUUUAAUUUUAAAAUCCAUUUUGAAAUCAGAUUGAAGCCUUUAACCACUACAUCUCACCCUAAACUUGCUUUUCAUCAUUUGUCCUUGGUCAAGUCGUUAUAAAUCUCGUGAAAGCUCAGAUCAUGACAAUGGAAACUCACCCACGAAUAAAGCUUAGCUGCUGUGAUAAACAGCAGUGUCAUACUUUGCAAGAGAAAGCACAAUUCUUUGUUUAAUCUUGCAUGUAGCUCAUUUCCAAUUCUAUGGAAACUCCUUACCUUGCAGGUAGAAUAUUGGGUUACUGCCCAGUGCUGGUUAAGGAUCUUACACUAUAUUACCAGUGCUGUUACAUUGCCUAAGAAAGGAGUUUAUUGUGGUUCGUGUAUGUGUGUAUGCAAUGUAAUUACUAUCAUUUAAAAAUAUUAAUUGUCAUUUAAUUAACAGCACUUUCAAUUAGCAAGCACUAUCUUAUUCGUAUAUGCUCUGCUGCUCAUCACAUUUUCCUUUUGCCUGAAUGAUUGAACUGAGUGAUAAUAUAAGCGUGUUUGUGUGUGUGAGUGUGCGUGCGCAUGGGUUCCGAAAUUUAUUUUCACUAUUUUACAUCUUUUAUAAUUGUGAAAAUGAGAUGUUAGUCUCAACAUUAUGCAGAAGUGAAAUUAAAUAUUCACCUCAUUAUCAUUGUCAUUUCAAAAUGUGACUAAGAAUGCUGAUUUAGGGAUUAAAAAAGAAAGCAUUCAGUUUGCCAGCUUGAGCUUUUGAGGAUUUUUCAGGAUUUUUAAACGUUAAAUCAACGAUUUAACAAAAAAGGAAUCAAUCCAAUAAUAAAACAGUUUUUUUUUUUUAAAGGUCUUCAGGAGUUUGCCAUAACAAACAUUUAAGCAGGCCAUAAACAGAUGAGGGUAAUACGAUUUUUAUUCCUGAUUUUAUUUUAUUAGUACUGUUUUGUAUGAAAUAUUUGACCUUUGUUUUAAACCAUUUACUGCCACUGGUGUUCGGAAACGCUUCAGAAAAGAGAUAUAGAUUCAGAGAUUCAGAGAAGAGCUAAAGAUUUCCUGAAUUUCUCAUGUGUACUAUAUAUAUUGAGUCCUAUACUUAUUUACAGUAUAUACUGUACCUGUUUGUUCAUGGCUUUUACUCUUAGUUCCAUUGGAGUCUAAAUUCUUUGCAGGGCUUAUAAGAAUUCAUAUAUGUUGAUAUGUGGAAAACAAAACAGAACCCAUUGCUUACCUUCCAGUCCAACCUUUUUUUUCCAGAUAAUCUUGAAUAGGACUUACAGUCAGUGUGUACAGAAAAGAACUACACUUUGGCCAUUAAAAAGAGUGACUGUGUGUGCUUGAGUGACAAAAAAAUGACUUUCCUCAAUCUGCUCACAUGACCAGCUACUACAGCUAUCGAGUCUGAACCUCCCUGGCAUACGUGACUCUCACCGUGUAUCUAUGGCAUUAAGCAGAAUUCUUUUUCGUUCUGUUUUUCUUGUUGUGAUUUGUUUGUUAUUGGUAACUCAUUUUAGAUUUCUAUGAUGAAUUGAAGUGAAGAAUCCUGGUAUUUUAUCUCUUUUUGAGUGAGAGAAUAUAUGCUUCUCCAGAAGAAGAUUUCUAUACGGACUGUUUAAGCAUUAACAGCAACAUCUCUAAAUCCAACAUUACACGUACGGAUCAGUCGAUGAUAUUAUUGGGAUACGCUUAUUUGAGGGUUAACCAUAUAUAAAAAAAAAGAAAGAAAGAAAGAAAGAAAGAAAGAAAGAAAACAGACAUUUAUUAAUACCAGAGAUUGUAGUUCAUACAGUACAUGCUGUAAAUGUAAAUAAAAUGUUUUUUUAAGUGUUGGGUCUUGGAAUUAUUAAUCCUGAGAAAGUAUUUGUUUUGUUUAUUAAUCUAUGUCUGACUUUUUGGUACUUAUUAAGAUAAAUGUCUCUUAGGGUCAUAUCAUGGUUAGACAUAAAUAUGUACAAACUGCUCAGAACUUUCAGCUUAAAAAAAGAAAAGACUGCAGAUGCUGUGAAUCUUGCCUAUUAGCUCAUCUGAGCAGGUCUUGGAUGCUUAACUCACUCCACCUUGAACUGUACACUGCCUGUAAUAAACUCCUCCAGAGCCACAGUAAUAUUUUGUAUAAAGUCUCUCAGGGAAUCCUGAAG